ACCCAUUUCACUUUUCAACUUCUCCUUGCAAAUUCGAAUUCGCCUUUGUCCGUCUGGAAUAGAGUCCAAGAAAGAAAGAUUUUAGAGACAGAUGAGUGCCCUCAUGAUCUUGAUUUCUUGAACUAGUAUUUCCUAAAUUGUGUGAACAAAUCCACAUAGGAGGAUUUGCUUCAGGUCCUCGAAGAAUCUUCAACCUGACCCGACAAAUGUUAAUCCAAUCUACUAAAGAAUGGGCAAAUGCACUGUGGGCUGUGGGGACUACAUAAUUGCACAAUGUAUAUCCACAAGUGGGGUCCGACACCGCAAUUUAGCAGUGAUUUGCUUUGUCAUCUUCUGGAAAAAAUUAGAUGUGAUCUUUCUUUAAUGGUUUAAUUACGUAUAAACAUGUUUCAACAGCUAUGGUGAUUUGAUAUUUCUAGCUAGCCAGGCCAUCCAACUGCAAGAAGAAGAAGAAAUGGAAGGGCAGGAGCAUCAAAGUAAGUCAAGAGUUGUCAAGGUGGAUUCGCUGGAGUCCUGGAAUUUUCAUGUUAAUCAGGCAACAACUCGAGGCAAUCCUAUUGUGGCACACUUUUCAGCUUCUUGGUGUAUGCCAUCAGUGGCAAUGAAUCCGUUCUUUGAGGAAUUGGCUUCAGAUUUUCAAGAUGUUUCCUUUUUGUCCGUUGAUGUGGAUGAAGUCAAGGAGGUUGCAACCAAGUAUGAAGUAAAAGCCAUGCCAACAUUUCUCCUGAUCAAGGAAGGAGCUUCCGUUGACAAACUGGUGGGUGCCAAUCCUGAUGAAAUUCGGAAGAGGAUAGAGAGUCUCGUUCAGUCGACUCCUGCUCCAUUGGCAUAAAGGAAAUGUGCUUUUCUUUGUUUUCAGAUUCUCGUUUGUUUGCAACUGUAUGUUCUGCUGCUAUUUCAGUUCCCAUUGUAUAUAACUGUUUUGAGUAAUGCUUGUGAAUCAGAAUAUAUAACUGGCCUGCAAUGUGUUGUCUAUUGAUGAUAAACCUGGAGUUGAAUUUGUAGUUUACAGAUUAUAUAUAUCACUCUUUUGAUUUUGAAGCUGGUA